CCUGUACAGUAGGUGGCGGUAUACACAGAUUGUGAUAAUCUGCCAUUAAAAAAGAAGAAGAAGGUCAACCAGAGAGGCUUUGCACUUUAUAAACAUCAUGUUCUUACGAAGGGUGUUGCAGUGCAGUGUAUCUGCAAUGAAGAGCAAGCGGUCAUUUCAUUCCAGUGCACCGUGGAGAUACCCACUCAUCCCCAUCGUUGUAGAACAGACAGGUCGAGGGGAGCGUGCCUACGAUAUCUAUUCGCGCCUUCUGAGGGAGAGAAUAAUCUGCGUAAUGGGUCCAAUUGAUGACUCCGUGGCAAGUCUGGUGAUCGCACAGCUGCUUUUCCUUCAGUCGGAGAGCAACAACAAGCCAAUUCACAUGUACAUCAACAGUCCUGGUGGUGUGAUUACAGCAGGGCUGGCAAUCUAUGACACUAUGCAAUACAUCCUCAAUCCGAUCUCGACGUGGUGCGUAGGCCAGGCUGCUAGCAUGGGCAGCUUACUGCUGGCUGCGGGCACUGCGGGCAUGAGGCACUCGCUGCCCAACGCUCGCAUAAUGGUGCACCAGCCUUCUGGAGGUGCUAGGGGUCAAGCAACAGACAUCGCCAUCCAGGCUGAGGAGAUUCUCAAGCUGAAGAGACAGAUUAACAACAUCUACUGUAAACAUACAGGACAGCCUCUGGAAACCCUAGAGAGCGUGAUGGAGAGAGACCGAUACAUGAGUCCCAUGGAGGCACAAGACUUUGGAAUUAUUGACAGGGUCCUGGUCCAUCCUCCCCAGGCCGGGCAGGACGAGCCAGAGCUGAUCCAAAAGGAACCAACCGCCUCAGCCAGUCCCUCUGAAGCCUCAGUCUCGGAAUUGGCCCAGGCUGGGGCCAGUCCCCCUCCUUCUUCUUACAAACCUGAACCGUGACCUGAAAGACCGCUCAGUGGUCAUCCUCAGCCACUGGUACUGCCUCUUACGACGGGAUAGGAUAUCUGAGGGUACCCUUGUUCCUCUCUGAUUUAUCGAAACGUGAGCCUGUGUCGUGUGUAUCGCAUCGUACUGAGCAAGCCUCAUCCCGGGACAGGAAAGACUGACAUGAAGUCAACGUUCUGGACAAGUAUACAACAAUAUAGGACUCUGUCUAAAUCAUGUGAUCUUACUAAUAAAAACACAACCUGAA